AUGGCAUUCGGCGGCGGUCCAAAGCCCGGGGAGCCGGUCGUCGGGUGGUGCGACCUGGGCUUUGCGGUGAUGACGCCCGGGUGGAAGGAGAAGCAGGUGCUGACGUCACUCACCGGGUUCGCGCGGGCAGGGAAGGUGCUGGGGGUCCUGGGGCCAUCGGGGUCGGGGAAGAGUACGUUCCUGAGCCUGCUCGCCGGUCAGCUGGGCUGCGGCCGUAUCACAUCGGGGGAGGUCCGGAGCGCAAUCGACGGUCAGGAGGACAGCGACAUGCUCAUGUACCUGGUGCCGCAGGAGGACUGCCUGCAGGCCCACCUGACCGUGCGCGAGCUGCUGACCUACAGCGCCCGGUUACAGCUCCCGAGGGCGCGCCCCAAAGUCAUUGCCGCCCGCGUGGAGGCGACAAUCGACGCCGUCGGCUUGACCAAGGUUGCGCGCUCGCGCAUUGGUGGAGUGGCCGGAACCAGCGGCGGGGCACCCCGGGGGAUCUCGGGGGGGGAGCGGAAGCGGCUCGCCAUCGCUGGGGCGCUGCUGUCAGAGCGCCCGGUGCUGCUUCUGGACGAGCCGACGUCCGGGCUGGACGCCACGACCGCGGCCAAGAUCCUGGCGCUGUGUUCGGACAUCGCGGCGCGCCACGCAUGCGCCGUCGUGCUAACGGUCCACCAGCCGCGCCGGUCCGCCUUCGAGCAGCUGGACGACGUGCUCCUCCUCUCGCAUGGAAGGACGGUCUACUUCGGCGCGCGCGGGGAGGCCCUGUCGGACUACUUGCAGUUCCACCUUCUCCUCCCGCCGGAGCUGGUCGUCUCUUCCAAUCGAGCCAACCUGCUUCUUGAUCUGGUGGAGAACUACGAAACCGGGGCUUCCACCGCAGUCGAGACAGCGGAUUCCGCUGCCCUGGAGGAGCCGGACUCGCCAGGUUCGCAGGAGCGGACGAUGCUCGCAGCGAAUCGCACGAGCGAGAGCUCCGACUUUGAGGAGGAGAGCGGCCCGCUGGACUUUGGUUCGGAGGCCUCUGCGGACGCCUCGUUCGUUGAUCGAGACGGCCCCAUGCUCCGCCGCUCCUCCAGCUUCGACACCAACAAGCACCUGCUCGCGACCGGUACCUUCCCCCGGGCGGACCUGGUCGCCGCCCACGAGUCCUCCGCCGGGCACGCCGCCGCCCUCAAAGUAGCCGGGGACUUGCCCCACGUGUGGACCCCGGGCUCUAACGAGUCAACCUUCAGCCUGCGCAGCGCAAAAAUCCUGGCGGCCCGGAGCAUGCGCGCGGACCUAUGGAGCGACCCCACGUGGCUUGUCACCAUGAUCGCGCACUCCAACAUCGUGCUGCUCGUGGUCGGGACGCUCUUCUGGCACGUGCCGUCGACCCUGGGUGGCGUCAGCAUCGCGGCGGCGGCGCUGCUGCUCGUCCUCACGUUCGGCGCGUCAUUCACGUGGCAUCGAACAGAGCGCGCGGUCCAAAUGAUUACAACAUUCCAGGCUGAGCACGCCAACGGCCUCUACGCACCCGCGUCGCUCGCGCUCGCGCGCACCGUGUACGACGAGCUCAUCACCGCGGUCGCCCACGUGCCACCCUACCUGUACUACUACUGGCUGGUCGGCCUGCGCGCGAGCACGAGCGCAUACCUGACAUUCAUCUUCGUCAUCUGGGUCUCCAUGAGCACUUUCAACCUGUGGACUGUGACGUUGGCGUUCGUCAGCGGGAGGGACUGGCUGGCCACGCUGAUCAACACGUCGCUGCUCGGAGCGUGGACACUCACGGCCGGUUUCCUCGUAACCUCUAGCCAGAUACCCGUCUGGUGGCGGUGGCUCAACUACGUGAACCCUGUCCGGUACGCCGGACAUGCGCUGGUUCUGAACCAGUAUGCGGACAUGGGGCCCGUGUCCGACUGCCUCGACUCGCAGCGCGUGCCCGCGCUUGUGGACGGCACCCUGGUGCGCGCCUGCCCCGACGGCCUGCAAAUUGUGACGGCGCUCGGCAUGAAGCGCACAGUGCUGUGGAACGUGGGCAUCGUGGUCGCCAUCAACCUCGUGUCGCGCGCCGUUUUCUUUGCCGCGCUCGCGAUGCGCGGCUACGUCACCUCCUCCAACCGGCACACCAUGGCGACGGCGGCCGCGACCGCGCGCAGGAAGACGUCGGAAGGACUUACAGAGACCUCCGGCAGCUCCCCGGGGCCCCGCAACGACGACGUCGAGCGGGCUUUGCCGCCAAGGGGCUCUCAACCGGUUGCUACGAAGACAGCGCGCCGCCCCGGGGCUCUCACCCGAGCGCUCACCCGGAUGCUGCCGACGAGCCAGGCCGCUUUUCUCCUUCUGGGCAUCCUCAAACUCGCAAUCGUCGUCGCUUUCUCCGCCUAUUUUUUCCGAGAAGUCGCCCCGGAAGAGUCCCCGAAGUAUGGAUGGGCAACCGGGACAAAGAGCUCGUACCCGGCCCUGUACGGGUACGUUGAAGCGAGCACCCUUACUGUGGACGACGUCCUGGAGUACGACAGGUACAGGGUGGAAGUGGUCGCACCUCACGUGAAGCUCUGGAACACGCUAUUCCCCCGAGUAGAGCCGCCCAUCUACCGCGCGGAAAACGACUCCCUUGGGCCCGACAAGGAGCUCGGGUCGUUUCAGGAACUGUUCCAAGUCUUUCCCCGGGGAUACGACAUCGGGCCCCAAGACCCGGGAGCUCAGAUGAAGUGGUUCAUGAACGACACCGGGGAUGGCGCGCUGCUCCUUCGCAUCAUGCAGAUGUCGGGGGACGACCAGUGCUUCUCCCGGCUGACGACUUUGCCCCCGGUAGACAGUUUCCCGGUCGCCACAUCAACUGGCGUGCAGGUGUUCCUGCAGCAGACCCUGCGGACCACCUGGGGCAAUGCUCCAACCACUCUGGAGCAAGCUCUCAGCGCUGGUCGUUUGUACAUGGCGAACUACUGGUUCCUGGAGAACGUCGAGCACGACAUCGGCUACACGACCCACGCCCCCAAGAUCCUCUUCUAUCUGCUCGACUCCGGAGAGCUGGUCACCGUGGCCAUCCAGCUGGGGCAAAACCCGAGGCAAGCGCCGCUCAUCACUGCGUACGACGACGCGCGCGCGACCGGGAACCCCUGGAACUGGUGGUACGCUCGCGUGUGCGCGCGGCACGCAAUCACCAUGUCAGCCAACUUCUAUCACGUGGCGACGCUUCAUUGGCCGGUCGAGACCGUCCGGGUGGCGCUGAAUCGGGCGCUGUCCGAAAGCCACCCAGUCCGGGCGCUGCUAUACCCUUUCAUGGGCUACGCGUCCGUGCUCAACACGGCAACCAGGGUGCCCGGAGCGCUGCCGCUCAAACUUACCGGGCAGGGCCAGGCCACUCUGGUAAGCAACAUCCUGGGCAAUACGAGCUUCGUCGACUCAUACGACUACGUCGCCAGCCUGGAGCGGCGCGGGCUGACCGCGCCGGCCGCAGGCGCGCCCGACUUCGCGGAGGUUUCGGAGAUGCGCGACCUCCUGAUAGCGCUGUGGGGCGUCCAGGAUGACUUCGCGGCCGCGUUUGUGAACGCCACGUAUGCGGAGGAUGCUGACGUGGAAGCCGACGCGCCACUGCAGGACUUCGUCACGGAGCUCUCUCACCCCGACCGCGGCAACUUCGGCAACCUGACCCGCUCAGGGCAAGUCGCCACCCGGGGCGAUCUGGCUGGCGUGCUGACCCGCCUCCUCCACCGCCGGGUCAUUCAUGGAGCAGCGGGCCCGGUAUGGCAGGCCCAGGCGAUCGUGUACCCGACCACUUACGUUCCGGUGCUGCGGGCGGCGCCCCUGCUGGGCCGGAUGCAGGAGUCCACGCUCCUCAACGCAUUCGGCACGCGCCUCGACGUCGUCGAAUUCCUCGACUUCUUUUUCUUCGCCCUCGCGCCCGCCCCGAAGCCGAUGGCCGCCUGGCAGGGCGGGGACUUCUUCCCCGGGGGCUCGGCCCUAUCGGCGCUGGUGGACGAGUACAUCGGGAACACAACCGCCGCCCUCAGGGCGCACGAUCGGAACGGCACGUGGAACAUCGCGGCCACGUGGGGGGGCCUGACCGCUGGGUGA